GCUAUGGUGAGGUUUGGGGGCGGGACGAUAUUCACGACCUGGCGGCGCGAGCGGCGGGCGCGCGGCUUCCUGUCGAGUCUCCGCGCUGUGCGGUGAGCGGUGAGGGAGAUGGCGGCGGCUCCGGGCAGCGCGCUCCUCCUGCUGUACCUGCUGAUAGGGUCGGCGGUGACACAGGCCGCCAAGAGCUCUGAAGAUGUGAGAUGCAAGUGCAUCUGUCCUCCCUACAGGAACCUGACUGGCCAUAUCUACAACAAGAAUGUCUCGCAGAAAGACUGUAACUGUUUGCAUGUGGUGGAGCCUAUGCCAGUGCCGGGACGAGAUGUGGAGGCAUACUGUCUCUUGUGUGAGUGCAAAUAUGAAGAAAGAAGCACCACUACAAUCAAGGUGACCAUCAUUAUUUACUUGACGGUUGUUGGCGCUCUGCUAGUGUACAUGGCGUUCCUGAUGAUUGUAGAUCCUCUUAUCCGUAAACCAGAUUCCUACACUCAGCCCCUGCACAAUGAAGAGGACACAGAGGAUACACGGCCCUUUGCUCCAACUCACGGACAAGCUCGUGCCAACACGGUGCUGGAGAGGGUAGAGGGAGCCCAGCAGCGGUGGAAGAAGCAGGUACAGGAGCAGAGGAAGACUGUCUUCGACCGACACAAGAUGCUGAGCUAAAGGCUGCGGAUUCCCCACCCUGCGUUUCAGGCCGGCUCGCAAUACUGGACAAAGAUGUUGGUGACAAUUUUGAAAAGCAGGACUGCUCACUCCAACUUUAUUUUAAACAUUGAGCAUUUUUCAGACGUUUUGAAGACAUGAUAAAGCGCUAUAUCAAAUGCAAGUACUAUUAUUAUUAGGGGAAAGUUAGUGCAUGGAGCUCUCUACAUGCAAAGUACCCUCCCUUUACAUACAAGGAAUUAUUACACUCAGGAGAAUUUUAUUUGACCAUUUUUAAACAUCAGAAGUUCAUAAUUUCUCUAAGUAGCUUCAACCUUAAGACAUAGAUUAUCCUAAAAUAUAACAUUGUGCAGAAUUUUGGGAAAAUCUUCAGUUCAGUCUGAAUUUGGAACCCGGUUUUCUGCAGUGCUUAAACAGUACCAGCUUCCAAACGGAUGCUGAGAAUUUUGCAUGGUCUUUCGCCCACAAAAUAUACAGUCAAUUAACUUUAUAGUUUAUCCUGU